GCUUUGAAAGCUCAGUUGGUUUAUACAUUCCGUUAUAUCCUGUCGUAGCGUUCAAGUUGUCGGUCGCUGACGUGAAAUUCAUCCCACAAGCUGAUUGAGCCAAUGCUCAGACAGGGAUUUCUACCUGUUUUAUAGUUUGUGGUUGCUUUGCUUGAGAACAAAAUGCCAGCAGAAAGACCCACUUCCAAAAUUACUGAUUAUCGAAAGGCUACUAAACCCAUUAUGGAGAAGCGAAGAAGAGCCCGGAUCAACCAAUGCCUGACGGAGUUAAAAACUCUGAUUUUAGAUGCUUUAAACGAAGAUCCAUCCCGACAUUCGAAACUAGAGAAGGCAGACAUACUGGACAUGACAGUACGCCAUCUUCAGAACGUCCAGAGACAACAGAUUGCAGCUGCCAUCACUGCAGAUCCUUCUGUCCUAAACAAGUUCAAGGCUGGGUUCAACGAGUGCGCUGCAGAAGUGAGUAGAUACAUAAAUAGAAUUGAUGGAGUGGAAAACAGCAUCCGCCAUCGUUUAUUGAAUCAUCUGGCAAAUUGUGUUUCCAGUCUUCAGAAUACUACUCCUUUCAAUAUGUCGGCUACUGCGGCUUUUCCAGGGAUGAACCGUUCUCUUCCAGACAUUGUAAACCAUUUACAACCAUUAGGAGUUCAGAUAUCCACCGGAAUGUUGGGUACUCUUUCUGGUAAUUGUGUUCCUUCUAGACCCUUGCAGAAUGCCGCCGUGGGAGUAGAUGUUAAUAAUAACGUUCCAAGAGCAUCUGGUUCAGUUUCCAAUCCUUCAGCGACAUCUGCUAAUUUCGAGAAGCUAUUAGGAGGGCUUCAUCUUAUUCCAACUCGUCUUCCCAAUGGAGACGUCGCUUUUUUGCUCCCUAGCAGAGCCUUAUCAUCUGUUCCUAGUCAACUUCUGAACAGUCUUGUACUAGAUUCGAGAACCACGAAACCAUUGUCUUUCACUUCGAGUAGCACCACUUCUCGCAACCCUCUUUCUUCCUGGGACCAUCCAGUGUCUCCAGUAGGUCCACAAAGAACUGCGAGUGCCAGCAGUUCAUUAAGCUGUGCCCUCAGCCCAUCUGUCAGUGACUCCGGUUCUGACGUCUUCAACGACAACAUAAUGGCAUCACCAAAGACAUCCUCGUCUUCCUUUAUUACAGGUACCAGCGACCAUUCUUCUCUACAAGACUCAACUGCUUCGACUCAAAAGACAAUCGCUGCACAAAAUAUUUCAGCAGCAAUUUCAACUUCCGCAUUUCCAUCCUCUACAAGAACAGAGAUCCAAUCUACAUAUUCCAAGAGACACCUUUCCAGUUCUUUAUCAAUGGGUCAUUCGUUUGGCCACAGUUCGAGAACUGUGCCAUCAGACGCUUUAUCUAAUUUUUCUUCGCAAACUGUAGUCAGAAGUAGAGAUCUCACGAACGAAUACAGUGGAAGAGUAUCCAGUGAACAAGAUCACAUGAACUCAAACGUUUACAGUUCAACAGUUGGUGCUAACAGAGGAGUAAGGCACCUACUUCCAAACAUCCAUCAUCAACCUUCCAGCUCUAUCGAGGAACCGGAUGAAGUUGUUUGGCGACCUUGGUGAUCAACGAUAAGCCUUUGUCCACAUUUUAUCUCAAUUGGUUUUAAAAUAGAAAAUCAAAUACCGUUGUAAGGAGUUGGUAAAAGGGUUUGAUUGCAAAAUAUUUAUA